CUUCCUCCUCCUCCCUUUUCUCCUGCUCCUCCUCCUCCUUCCUCCCCUCCCCACCUCCUCCUCCUCCUCCUCGGGGCAUCCGACCCGCGCCCUCCCACCCGCCCCGCAGCCCGGCUCCCCGCAGCCCCGCGCCCGCCGGGCGCGCUCCCUCUGGAUUUUUAAUUGCGCUCUUGAUGAUGAUGAUUUUUUUUUUGGAUUUUUUUUUUUUUAAUCACAGCAGCCCCCAGUUUAGCGGAUUGAUUUACUCCCGGUAUUGGUAAAUACGAUCACGUGGGGCCCGCGACCAAUGGCGGAGCCUUGGCCGCCUGCAAAAAUCCUGGGCUGCCGCUGCGGGCGGGGAGCAGCCCGGGCCCGCAGUGUAACCUUUUAUAUGAGGGAGAGGGGAGCCUCAAAAUGUCGUCCAGCGGCGCCCUGAGUAACUACUAUGUGGACGCCCUGCUAGGCCCCGAGAGCGAGGAGGUGUACGCGGGCCGCUUGGUGGCGGCGGGGCCGCCCCGGCCGUCAGGUGCGGGCCCGGACGGGGGCGACUUCUCGUCCUGUAGCUUUGCCCCCAAGUCUGCCGUGUUUCCCGCCGGGUGGCCCGCCGUGCCCGCUCAGCCCCCGCCGGCCGUGCCCGGGCUCUAUCAUCCCUAUGCGCACCAACCCCACCUGGCCGCCGCCGAGCCCGCCCGCUACGUGCGCUCCUGGAUCGAGCCCUUCCCGAGCCUCCCGGGCGGCUCCGGCCCCGGCUCCUCCUCCACCGGGCGGCUCUACGGGAUUAAGCCUGAAACAGGACCGGCGGCCUCCUCCUCCUCCUCCUCCUCCACCUCCUCCUCCACCUCCUCCUCCUCCUCCAUCUCCUCCUCCUCCAUCUCCUCCUCCUCCUCCACCACCACCUCCAAAAGGACUGAGUGCGCCUCGGCCCGGGAGUCCCAGGGGAUCAGUGUGUCCGAGUACACGUGCAAUUCCUUCCUGCAGGAGCCCGGGGAGAAGGCGGCGGCGGCCGGAGGAAAAGAGGCUCCCGGAUGCAGCGACCAUCCCGGGCGGAGCAGCCAGCUCAAGGAAGAACAGCAGCAGCAGCAACAGCAGCAACCGCAGCAGCAGCAGCAGCAGCAGCAGCAACCGCAGCAGCAGCAGCCGCCACAGCCGCAGCAGCCGCAGCAGCAACUUGACCCAAAUAAUCCUGCAGCAAACUGGAUCCACGCACGUUCCACCAGGAAAAAGCGCUGCCCCUAUACAAAAUACCAAACUCUGGAGCUGGAAAAGGAAUUCCUCUUUAACAUGUACCUCACCCGAGACCGGCGCUACGAAGUAGCUAGGAUUUUAAACCUCACAGAGAGACAGGUCAAAAUCUGGUUCCAGAACCGAAGAAUGAAAAUGAAAAAGAUGAACAAGGAGAAAGGCAGCAAAGGCGACUAACGAGGUGCCCGGAAGGUGCCCCCGAUGUGCUUUUUAAAAAAAAAAAAGCAAAAAGCUCUCUGGGUUUCCAGAAACUCUCCACCGAUUCGGGCUUUUGGGGGUAGAAGUGAAAUGUGGUCUCUGUAAGGUAUUUUCGGAACUCUGUAUUUGCUCGCUGAUGUGUUUCUAAAGUGGCUCCCCUCUCCCCCGUCUCCCCCUUCCCAAUGGGUUUGGUCCCCUGGAAAUGAUCUGUUGUGAGUGCACGCUAGCUUUGGGAAACUCUAAUGUGUAAUGUCUGACCUGUUUCUGAAAAGUGAUGUAGUCUAGAUACCCGCUUUCCACAGUGAAGGGGAAGUGUUUAAUCAUGGUGAUGAUAAUAAUGCAAGCAUAUUAAAAGUGCGGUUGCUUCCAUCGACGGCAGCACUGGGUUGGCCACCAAUUAUUCAGAGAAACAUUCGCCUCCUUCUUACGAUUUUGGUUUCUGUAUCUUGCUGGUUUGCCAUAAAUCCCAGCCAGGGGCCAGAGGAGCCUCCGGGGUUUGUGUCUUGUUUUGUUUCUCAGUGCACUUUUAAGAGGUCGUCUCAUACUUGAAGCGGUUUGCCAUGGGCCUAACCGGUUACCGGUCGCUGCACGCCGUCUUUGGGAGCGUGGGCUGCUGUGUACUGGCCAUCUUAUUUUUCUAGCUGAAGAUCAGUUGUAAAUGUUGCCGGUUAUUACCAAUAAAGGCUGACCUGAUCAAAUUAAAUCACCGGGGAGGCUGUGACCAA